AUGGGUAUCUCACGAGACUCUCGCCACAAGCGCUCUGCCACCGGUGCAAAGCGCGCCCACUACCGCCAGAAGCGUGCUUGGGAGGCUGGUCGCCAGCCUGCCAACACCAAGAUCGGUGCCAAGCGGAUUCACACCGUCCGCGUCCGUGGCGGCAACACCAAGUACCGUGCCCUUCGUCUCGACUCGGGCAACUUCUCGUGGGGCUCUGAGGGCGUCACCCGCAAGACCCGUGUCAUUGCCGUCGCCUACCACCCCUCAAACAACGAGCUUGUCCGCACCAACACCCUCACCAAGUCCGCCGUUAUCCAGAUCGACGCUGCGCCAUUCCGUCAAUGGUACGAGGCUCACUACGGCCAAUCGCUCGGCCGCAGACGGCAGGCUAAGCAGGCCAAGGAGGGCGAGGAGGUGAAGAAGAGCAAGAGCGUGGAGAAGAAGCAGGCCGAGCGCUUUGCCGCCCGCGGCAAGGUCGACUCCGCUCUGGAGAAGCAGUUCGAGGCCGGUCGUGUAUUUGCUGUUGUCUCGUCGAGGCCUGGCCAGUCCGGUCGGUGUGACGGUUACAUCCUGGAGGGUGAGGAGUUGGCUUUCUACCAGAGGAAGCUCCACAAGUAA